UGUUAUACAUUGGGAGGAUUCGACCUCAAGACCAAAGGGUGCAUUCCACUUUGCUGCUGAAGAACCGGGGAAUGCGUAAUGAUGGAUGAGUUUAUUUCUCUAUAAUUUUCAACUCUUAAGAAUACAGGGCCUUUUGUGAGGAGCCUGGAAUCACUGACAUGUUCAAAGCCUUUAGGAAGAGGAAGAACAAGAGUUCGAGGAAGAACUAAAGAAGCUUGAAGAAGUUUUGAUGCCCUACGUACCCACAAAUGGGCCCGGAUUCCACCCCUAUGCCACACAUUAUGUGCAUGUUUUCAAACGUUUAGAAGGAUGGAACAUGCGAAUUAUUGGACAUUGAUACUUUUCUUUAACUUGUGGGACCUUGAACUGUCGACAGGAAAUUUAGCAGGAUCCUCAAAUGUUUCCUCCAAUUGUGAGGUAGAAUUGCAGUCCAGCACUACAUGUACUACACCAUUGGCUGCAGGUGCCAUGAAUUCUAUUGCAACUAGUGGAGGUAGAGUUAUUUCAGCACUGAAUUUGCUAUGUCUUAAACUUUUUUUGGUUAUAUCUGGAGUUAGUAACUUGGUAUUAUAUGAUCCUAUUGUCUCUCUUAUAGUCUCGUUAUGACCGUCUUGCCAUGCAAGGAGCUACUGCUGCUGGUAUCCCACCACCCAGUCCUCACCAACAUAAUCCAUGGCUAUGAUCAGCCAACAUAAACAUAAAACCUGCAUCAUCCAUGUGACAUGCCCUGGAAGAAACUAGGUAGAGGUGGGAUCAAGGUGAAGUUAAAAUUUUUCAUUGUGUGGUGAGGAUUGGGUGGUGGGACCACCAGAAGAUCCAGCAACAGCGGUAGUUUCUCCUUGCAUGGCAAGACUGUAGGAGAGACAAUAAGAUCAUAUAAUACCAUGUUACUAAAAAAAUUUAAGAUACAGCAAACUCAAUACUAAAAUAACUCACUACCUCCACCAGUUGCAGUAAAAUUCAUGGCACCUGCAGUCAAUGGCGUAGUACAUGUAGUGCAGGACUGCAAUUCUACCGCAGCAUGCACAGCAUAAUUAAUAAUAUUAUUUAGAGUGUUUUUUAAAGGUUUACCUUUACCUUGAUCCCACUUUUAUGUAUUUUCUUAUGGGACUUCAUGUCACAUGGAUGAUGCAAAUUUCAUGUUCAUGGCAGCUUAUCGUAGGUUUGGAUUAAUUAUGUUGGUGGAGCUAUUAUUUAGAAUGAUAUGAACUUAAUUACAUGAACGCUAAUUAGGUGGUUGUAUUGAAUGGGAUAUUUGAACUUGAUGUUAAUCAUAUAAACUACAAGGUACACA